CAGAAGUAUUUAUUAAAAGCACAAUGUAAGCUGUGCUCAUUAUAAUUGCGCAAUAAUGUGCUAUUUAAAUCUUAAAAGAUUUAGUCCCCCCCCCCCUCCCAUUCCUAGUAGUGGUAUAUCCCACACUCCUUCCAAUGGGCGGGGCUACUUGGCAGCAGUAGCAGCGUGUGGCUGGAACCGCUGCCCACAUAGCGCAUCGCAGGGUAAGAUGUACACUUACACAGACACAGUUUAACUUACACAAGUUACAACACAUCCCAUUUACUGUUACAACAAGCCCCAGGCCCAGGCUGAUAAUAUAAACUGUCUGCAACAUUUCUCCUGCAUUGGUCAAAAGCCUGCUCAAUUACGAGUGCCGCUAAGCUAAAAGCUAAUGAUUAAGCUCAGAGUUUAGUGAUAGUCAGAGAGGACAGGAGAGAAAGAAGAGGGAGAGGACUGGACAAGAGCAGUCAGUGGCGGAGUGGCUCGUAGCUAAUGGGUACCUGUCUGUAGGCUCUCCACCUGUCAGUGAGACAAACAUGAAAGACGUGCAGUCUAACGGACGAGGAGCGGUCAUUACGCGCGACUAUUACGCACGGUUGUGACGUGCACAGUGGCAGAUCUGACAGCACACUGUUUAUAAACCAGUUUACCAGUUUAAUUGCAGGAAAUGUUUAGUUGUUAAGCCAUUUCUCAUAAGUAUGGACAUUCACUCUGCCUGUUAGAGAGAUAGAGAGAAGAUUAAAGCAUCAAAUUGCAGUAAAAGAUGCUGUAUGAAAGACAGGCUACAACUUUUUGUACCCAACCUUGUACCCCCCCUGGAAUUAUUCUCUAAAAUUUUACUGUUUAUUGUCCCCCCCCAACUAUGAAAUGGGAUUUUCGCCCCUGCUAAAACCAUUCCCACUCCUGUCAGCCAGGGUUCAGCCAGCUAUUGCAGCAUGGUGGUUUGAAAUGAUCAGAGAUGAAAUGCCUCAUGUUUUACCCGAUCAUAGUCUCUGAUACAAGUUACAUAAUUCUAGGACCCUACCAUACCAGAGUGACGACACUUCCAUUGACUCCUGUGGUAUGCUGAAGUUUAGCCUCACGACCAGAAAACCCAUUCACUUACAGUAUGUCUGAUGCGCACUUGCUUGUAAGUUGAUCAAAACGGCCUUGUUUUUACUUUUAGGUGUCUUGGUCAUAGGGCCUGUUAAGUCAUGCUUAUAAUUUAUUUCAAAAUGUAGAGAGUAAGAUUAUGGUAGACACCUGUUUGUUUGUUUUUUUACCUGUAAACGGGUCACCGAUGCUCCUAUUGCGGUAGAUUAUGCUUUUAGGUUUGCUUGACUUUGAAAAUGCACAAGAAUUCCUGGUCAGCAAUGCAGAAAUACUGAAGUUUAGUCAGUUCUUGGUCGGAUAUGCAACUCGCUAUCCCGUCACUAGAGGGCACGUGACCAACUUUCCGCUUGACCAGUGUGUGUUGCUACUCUGGUAUUGUAGGGUCCUACAUAAUUCUAACUUCAGCAGUAUCAGGACCAAUCAAAAUAUGGACUUUGUUGAAAAAAUAGUUUCAUUCCUGAAAAUCAGUAUUUUAGCUGCAAUACUGCAUACUUCUAUAAAAUUUAACAUGCAUGGUUAGGGAAGAAGGGGUCAUACAAUAAAUGCAUUACAUGACUCAUUGGUUAUCACUUUUUUCAAGUGGUGCCGUUACAACCACACCCAGUCUCCCCUAAUUCUCUCCCCAUCUCCCUUUACAAUGCUUUCAAUGACUUCCUUCUUUCAAAAACAUUGAUGUAUUAUUAUAGAAACCAACACACGCUGUUUUGAGUGUCCCUGACCUGUUGGCGCGCUGUCGUGUGUCAACUCAUGGUACUGCAAUAAAAUGUUCACCUCAUGCCUGGAAGUUUAGGCUGGUCUGUGGAAACAAAGUAUCUGACGCAAGGUCGCUAAAUCAACUAAGCUAGACACUUUGCUGGAUUAGGAUGUUAAGACUAGCAUGGCGUCGGUCGGCGUCCAGAAAUAGCCGCGUGGAACCUGCACGCCUUUUAACUGCAGCUUUCCUGGCAGCGGACAGUCCACAGCAGAGCUCGGGGGGUAACAUUAGGUGUUUCAGACAAUUUCCCCACCCACCAAGCGGCAGGUCACCGCUCCACCGCCAUCCCCAGCCGGCCUACCACCUCAGUUCAUCUGUCUUCAUGAGCAUGGCGUCAGGGGGUGAAGAGCCGGUAUCUUCCCCUCACAGACACACCAACAGGUUAGCCAAGGAGAGGUCGCCCUAUCUGCUGCAGCAUGCACACAACCCUGUUGACUGGUACCCAUGGGGACAAGAUGCUUUUGACAAAGCAAAGACUGAAGACAAACCAAUCUUUUUAUCAGUGGGCUACUCAACGUGCCACUGGUGCCAUGUUAUGGAGAGGGAGUCUUUCGAAGAUGAGGAAAUUGGCAAAAUCCUGAGUGACAACUUUGUGUGCAUCAAAGUAGACAGAGAAGAGAGACCCGAUGUCGACAAGGUCUACAUGACCUUUGUACAGGCAACAAGUGGAGGUGGAGGUUGGCCCAUGAGUGUGUGGUUGACCCCUGACCUGCGACCUUUCAUUGGAGGCACCUACUUCCCUCCCUCAGACCGUGCGAGAAGGCCAGGGUUUAAAACAGUUCUCGCCAGAAUCAUGGAACAGUGGCAGAAUAACCGAGCUUCCUUGGAGUCCAGUGGAGAGAGGAUCCUUGACGCUUUAAAGAAAGGCACCGCCGUCACUGCAAACCCAGGAGAGAGUCCUCCACUGACCCCAGACGUUGCCAAUCGCUGCUUCCAGCAGUUGGCGCAUUCCUACGAGGAGGAGUAUGGUGGCUUCAGAGAGGCUCCAAAGUUCCCCACACCAGUGAAUCUGAUGUUCCUCAUGUCCUACUGGUCUGUGAAUCGCUCCACCUCAGAGGGGGUCGAGGCUCUUCAGAUGGCAUUACAUACACUCCGCAUGAUGGCGCUGGGAGGCAUCCACGACCAUGUGGCUCAGGGUUUUCAUCGUUACUCUACAGAUUCCUCCUGGCAUGUUCCCCACUUUGAGAAGAUGCUGUAUGACCAGGCUCAGCUGGCUGUAGCCUACAUUACUGCCUCCCAGGUAUCAGGCGAGCAGCUUUUUGCAGAUGUGGCUAAGGACAUACUGCUCUAUGUCUCCAGAGACCUGAGUGACAAGUCUGGAGGCUUCUACAGUGCAGAGGAUGCGGACUCCAUCCCAGCAUCAGGGGGACCAGAAAAGCGUGAAGGGGCUUUCUGCGUCUGGACAGCCUCAGAAGUUAGGGAGCUAUUGCCAGAAGUGGUUGAGGGCGCCACUGGAGCUGCCACACAGGCAGAUGUCUUCAUGCACCACUAUGGGGUCAAGGAGCAAGGCAAUGUCACCCCAGAACAGGACCCCCACGGGGAGCUGCAGGGCCAAAAUGUGCUGAUCGUGCGUUAUUCGGUGGAGUUAACGGCUGCUCACUUUGGCAUCAGUGUCGAGAAAGUCAACGAGCUCCUGGCCUCGGCCAGAGCCAAAAUGGCAGAAGUGAGGAAGAGUCGGUCACGCCCACAUCUGGACACCAAGAUGUUGGCCUCCUGGAAUGGUCUGAUGCUGUCCGCCUACGCUCGCAUUGGGGCCGUUCUGGGGGACAAGGCCACGCUGGAGAGGGCAGUGCAGGCUGGUAACUUCCUCAAGGAGCACCUGUGGGAUGCUGAACGACAGACCAUCCUCAGAUCCUGUUACCGUGGUGACAAGAUGGAGGUGCAACAGAUAUCUCCGCCUAUCUCAGGCUUCCUCGACGACUAUGCCUUCAUCAUCUGCGGCUUGUUGGACCUGUUUGAGGCCACGCAGCAGACAGACUGGCUGCAGUGGGCCGAGGAGCUGCAGCUCAGGCAGGACGAGCUGUUCUGGGAUGACCAGGGCGGGGGCUACUUCUGCAGUGAUCCCAGUGACAGCACAGUACUCCUGCAACUCAAAGAGGAUCAAGAUGGAGCCGAGCCCAGUGCUAACUCAGUGUCGGCGUCCAAUCUCCUUCGUCUGUCCCACUACACUGGAAGACAGGAGUGGCUCCACAGGUCCAACCAGCUGCUGGCAGCGUUCUCCGACCGUCUGACCAGAAUCCCCAUUGCACUGCCUGAAAUGGUCCAGGCUCUCAUGGCCCAGCACUACACACUUAAACAGAUUGUGAUCUGUGGCCAGAGGGAUACCCCGGACACCACGAGUCUUCUCGCCACAGUCAACUCCCUCUUUCUACCACAUAAGGUUUUGAUGCUCAUUGACGGCACUGCAGACAAUUUCCUGUGCCAGCGUCUGCCAGCCCUCUCUUCCAUGUCCCAGCAGGGUGGUGUCGCCACAGCCUACGUCUGCCAGGACUUUACCUGUAUUCUUCCUGUCACUGACCCCCAGGAGCUUCGCAGGCUACUGCUGGAUUGAACGACGUAGAUUGGGGCAGAAUGGCGACUGAAAAACAAAGUGACUGAGAUUUUAAAAGGAGGGCUGUUACCUUCAUAUACUGCACUUUUCUAAUCUGCAGCCCUAACCUAGCUUAUCUCUGCUGUUUUUGGCUAGUGUAGUGGCUGCUUUACCAUGCUCCAAGCUCCUAGGUGACUUCGUCUGCAAGGUAUUUUGGUCUGCAAGGUAUUUUGGUUCCAUUGUCAAAACCCAUCAGCUAUUGGUCCAAUGACAAUAAGUUUCUGAGGGUAUGAGGACAAUAUUUCAGGGAAAUCUGGUGAAACAACAGAUAUAUGAGAUCUAAGACUUCCUCUUCUGUGUGCCCGUCAUUUUGGCUAGUCAGUAUUAACUGAUAUCUGCAUGUGAAUUCCGAUACAAAAAAAAAAAAAGUUGAUCCUAAGCUAGCUUGUCAUUGGACGAUAGCCGAUGGGUUCAGAGAUUGCAUUUCGGACAACGCAUUUCGCCUCUCAACACCAACUGCUUACCUGCCGCUCAAACAUGAUAGUUCAAUACUACUUGGACUUCAAACUGAAACCGGAAUGCUUCUGGUACCAAACUCUUGUACCGUUGCACACAGAUUCUGCAUACAUAGGCAGAUAUCAGUUCAUAGAGAUUAUCUCAGUUCCGACUUGUGCCCCAACUAAGUUCAACCUAUAUUCGAAGACCCAGUGUACUCACAAGACGCAGGGAAAAUGUGACUAAGGGUUAAUUUGAGUUUAACCUACGUCACAGCAGGCAAUUUUCAUCCAAUUUACAUCUCGCUCAGUCCACUACCGACUUGAUAUUCCAGUAUUACGCCUACUCACACAUAUACGCCAUACCACCGCCAAAAAAUCUUUUUGCAAUCAAAACCUACACAGACCUCAAAGUAUCUUCUAAACACAAUAUUCCAAACUUUUUUUUUAGCCAGGCACACUGGGCACUGCAUUAUGGCUCUAUUACCUGUCAUAAAUAAUGGAUAGCUAUAUUCUAGCACUUUAUAGAAAAAUUAUGGUAAACUACAUAACCUAGAAGAGUCGCUAUUCAGACUAUAAAAAACUGUAUUGUAACCUUAACUAUGCCAGCAUAAACAUUCUUACCAAAUAUAAAUGUAUGCUUCAGUGGCUCUCGCUAGCAAGUCUGACUUUGCCAUAUAACGCCUGGGCCGACUGCCCACGUGAGCCGCGUGGCUCAGGUGUAGCUCUGCUGCACCACAGCUGCAGCUCAUCCACAGAUUGCAACAAAAAUAGACAGUGAAAAUGAUCUGUUGAUAGUCACACUGACAUUAUACCAGCAACAUUACACCUCUCACUACAGUUUCUAUGUCUUAAUCAGUAGGAUAAAAAAGCAUAAAUAUUAAUUUCUAACAUAACACCUCUUGUUUUGGUUUCACAUUAAGGCCCUCUAGCAUUUCUGUUGACAUAAUCCUUUCAUUUGUUAACACAGGGUUUUCAUUGUAAACUACUAUUGGCCAUUUUUAAAGGCAAACUUCUUGUUUUGUUUGAGCCCCAGCAGUACAGCAAGGUAGCUGUCACACACAGGGAGAGGUUGGCAGUGUGGCCCAGGCGUAACAAUCCCUAAUCCAGCCUAUUCUUUUGUGCAAGACCAGCUAGAUAUUACCUCAAAUAUCAACUUAAGUUUGUUUUAGCAGGCUUUCAGAGAUCGUUGAUCAGUGGAGCCUUACUGAAAUUCAGGAAUGCAAAUGUCCUUAUAAAGAAAUACGCACAGCAGCAGUGGCAGCCUACUGAAAACAUGUAGCACUUGUACGAAAUGUCCUGGCUUGACUGUUAGCCCAGAAGUAAACUGCAGACUCUUAUUAAUAGACUACAACCUAAGAGCACUUGGAUGAAUUGGACUGGCAAUAUUUUGCAGAUGAACCAGUCUGCCCUGUCGUCCUCUCCUGGCCCUGUGUUCCUGCUCCCACAUUCAUGUCACAUGGAUCUGACAGUGGAGGCCUGCAUGCCUGUGUGUGUGCUCAAGUGUAUAAAAAAAAAAAGGUUGGUCUGUACGUAACCAUACAUUUUAAAAUUAUAUGUGUGUACAUUUGAAUUCAUCUGUAGUCACGUCACAGUGAAGGAGCUGCUCCUCAGUUUACCAUCUGCCCUCAGCCCUGAUAUCUUGGACUCAAUGUGAGAGGAUCUUCUCCACUGCUGCAGAGACUUGUGUCUUGUGGCUUUUAUCCUGAGGUUUAGACAACAACAAUGCACUGCAUGUAUACGCACAACUCUGAAUAAUAAAGUUAUUUCCCUUAUAA